UGGAAACUAUUCGUAAGGCUAAAUUAAAAGAAGCACGUGAAAAGAGUAUUCCUGCUUCUCCAAAAUGCAAAAACAUAACACCUCCAAAAAAUAAAAAGACAUCAUUUUCAACAAAAAAUAAAAAUUCAUCUUUUACUGAAUCAUCUGAUGAAAAUAGUACAUCUUUAAUUAAUAAGCAAACCACAUCUACUACUACUUUACCAAAUAGAGGAUUUCAGUCUGCACUACCUAUAAAUAAAAAUGAUGAUAAUAACGAUACUCAACAAUCAUUUAAUAUAAUCGAAGAUAACAAUAAUAAUAAUACUCAACCUUUUAAUGCAAUCGAAGAUAAUAAUAAUAAUAAUAUUAUUAUUCAGCAAUAUUCUGGUAAGAAAAUAAUUGAAGUUGAUGAUAACAAUGAUACUCAACAACAUUCAG